GUAUGAGGUGGUAUAACGCGGCGGCAUAACCCAAACUCGAUCUUAAAUCUUAGGCUUCACCGCUGGGAAAUAAAUAUAGCUACAAAUAACAAAAACAACUCAAGAAAGUAAUAGACAUUGAAGCAGAGAGGAAUUGAGAUGGAGGGGAUUCAGCACAAAACAGUGAGAGUAAAUGGCAUAAACAUGCACCUAGCAGAGAAAGGGGAAGGCCCAGUGAUUCUCUUCCUCCAUGGUUUCCCAGAGCUCUGGUACUCUUGGCGUCACCAGAUCAAUGGCCUAGCCUCCCUUGGCUACCGAGCCUUGGCUCCUGACCUCCGUGGCUAUGGAGAAACCGAUGCACCAGCCUCAAUCGCCAGCUACACUUGCUUGCACGUGGUGGGGGACCUCAUCGCCCUCCUGGACGUCGUUGCACCGGAUCAGGAAAAGGUGUUCGUUGUCGGUCAUGAUUGGGGUGCCAUCAUUGCUUGGUACCUGUGCUUGUUCAGACCAGACAGAGUGAAAGCUUUGUUCAAUUUGAGUGUGCCGUUUAUUCCUUAUAAUCCAAGAUUCAAACCUGUCGAGACCUGGAAAGCUUACUUUGGAAAUGACCAUUACAUCGUCAGGUUCCAGGAGCCAGGAGUAAUAGAAGCAGAGUUUGAAGAGAUUGGCCUAGGACGAGCUGUGUUGGAGCUGCUAUCAUACCGUGUUCCGGACCCUCUUUAUUUACCAAAAGGAAAUCUGUUCGGGCAUCCGUUGGAUGGUCCGGUUGACUUGCCCCCUUGGUUAUCCCACCAAGAUGCUAACUACUAUGCCACCCAAUUUGAGAAAACUGGCAUCACUCCUGCCCUCAACUAUUACCGCAACUUUGCUAGAAACUGGGAACUGUCAGCACCAUGGUCUGGAAGUCAAAUAAAGGUGCCGGUGAAGUUUGUGAUGGGUGACCUUGAUCUUGUCUAUACAAUGCCUGGCAUGAAGGAAUACAUUCACAAUGGCGGCUUCAAGAGAGAUGUACCAUUUCUGGAGGAAGCAGUUGUGAUGAAAGGAGUUACCCACUGGAUCAACCAAGAAAAGCCUGACGACAUCAACAAACAAAUGUUUGAUUUCUUCUCCAAGUUCCAUUAGAUUUAAUUACCCUUCAUUUAUUUAGUUUUUCUCCGACAGUACGUGAUGUUGUUUGCUUGUGUUACCCUGAUGUUAUCUUUGUUCAACAUACUUAUAAAUUAAUACUUCCAAAAAGUCUUAAUGUUUUUUCUAAUAAAAUUUAAUUAUCUUAUAAUCUAUA